ACACACCGAGGCCACGGCAUGCAUGCAACGGCAACGGUGCAACUGCAACACACACUACUCAGCUUAGCCGCCGGAGCUGAGCCACCGUUAUAAAUACCUCUCCUCCUUCACCCUCCUCGAACCAUCGCAGCCACAGCCUUCCUUGAUCGGUAGAGAGUUCCAUGAGAGCAUCGAUGGGGAGAUCACCGUCGUCGCCCGUGCUCUCCCUGGUGUGGGCUGCGGCCGCCCUGCUGCUGAAUGCUGCUCUCGUGGUGCAGUCGGUCCCUUACGACUACUCGUCAAGCUCCGAGUGCUUGGCUGAGCCGCUGGAGGCUCACUACGGCGGCGGCGUGAUCGUCAACUCGGACUUCAGCGCCGGCCUCCAGGACUGGUCGGCCUUCGGGUACGGCAGCGUCGCCGAGGGCGCGUCGCCGACGGGGAACAAGUACGCCGUGGCGGCGAACCGGACGCGGCCGUACCAGAGCGUCAGCCAGAAGGUGUACCUGCAGAACGACACGCACUACACCCUCUCAGCUUGGUUGCAGGUCAGCGACCGGAGCGCCGACGUGAUAGCCGUCGUGAAGACCGCCGACGACUUCAUCCACGCCGGCGGGGUCGACGCCAAGUCCGGCUGCUGGUCCAUCCUCAAGGGCGGCCUCACCGCCGCCGCCUCCGGCCCGGCCGAGCUCUACUUCGAGAGCAACUCGACGGUGGACGUCUGGGUGGACAACGUGUCGCUGCAGCCGUUCUCCAAGGAGGAGUGGAGCUCCCACCGGCACGCGGCCGUGAAGAAGGCCCGGAAGAGGACGGUGCGGCUGCGCGCCAGGGACGCCGCCGGCAACCCGGUGCCGGGCGCGCGGGUGCACGUCCGGCAGGUCCGGAGCGCCUUCCCGCUGGGGUCGGCGAUGAGCAAGGAGAUCAUCACCAACGUCAAGUACCAGGAGUGGUUCGCCAAGCGGUUCACGGUGACCACCUUCGAGAACGAGAUGAAGUGGUACAGCACGGAGUGGACGCAGGGGCAUGAGGACUACACCGUCCCCGACGCGAUGCUCCGGUUCGCGCGCAGCCACGGCAUCGCCGUGCGCGGGCACAACGUCUUCUGGGACGACCCCAGGACGCAGCUCGGGUGGGUCAAGGCCCUGAGCUGCGACCAGCUCCGCGCCGCCGCCGCCAACCGGAUGAGGUCCGUCAUGUCGCGGUACGCCGGCAAGGUGAUCGCGUGGGACGUGGUGAACGAGAACCUGCACUUCGACUUCUUCGAGGAGAAGUUCGGCGCCGGCGCGUCGGCGGCGUUCUACCAGAAGGCGCACGGCAUGGACGGCGGCGCGCUCAUGUCCAUGAACGACUUCAACACGCUGGAGCAGCCGACGGACCCCAACGGCCUGCCCAGCAAGUACCUCAACAAGCUGUCGCAGAUCAAGGACGCCUUCCCCGGCAACGGCAUCGGCGUCCGGAUGGCCAUCGGCCUGGAGGGCCACUUCGGCGCCACGCCCAGCAUCCCCUACGUCCGGGCGGCGCUGGACACGCUGUCGCAGGCCGGCGUGCCCAUCUGGGUCACGGAGGUGGACGUGAAGGCGGGGCCGGACCAGGCGUACCACCUGGAGCAGGUGCUGAGGGAGGUGUACUCGCACCCGGCCGUGCACGGCAUCGUGCUCUGGACGGCGUGGCACCCGACGGGCUGCUACGUCAUGUGCCUCACUGACGACAACUUCAACAACCUCCCCGUCGGCGACACGGUCGACAAGCUCAUCGCGGAGUGGAAGACGACCUCGCACGUCGGCGUGGCGGACGCCGACGGGCACUACGACGCGGAGCUCUUCCACGGGGACUACCAGGUCACCGUCACUCACCCGGCGGCGGCGGCCAACUCCACCGUCGUGCAGAGCCUCAGCGUUGACAGGGAGUCCGACAACGAGUACACCAUACACGUCUAGCCUAGUACUAGUAUCCAUAGGCGUGUAGCUAGCGCCCAUACGGUGAUUUCAGAUAUGCCUGCCAUUGAUUGUUGUUGUUGAUUUAGAGCAUUGUUGUUGGGAUUUCAUAGGCGCCCGCCCAUGAGAUUGAAUUCUCAGUCCUGGAGAGGCGGUGGAUCAUGUGUUCAUUAUUAUCAUUAUCAAUUGAAUCAAGGAGAAGUUUGAUUUGUUCUUCUUAAUAUACAAGU